GAGACACGAACGCAGACAUGAACAGAGCAGCUUCACCAGCAGUAACAGUCAUGAGUUCAGCUCUGUAUCUGAUCCUGCUUUUCUCAGCUCUGUGGACUCUCUCCUUCUGUGGGACUCGUCAGUUUCAUGUGGUGAAUGAAAAAAAGAACUGGAACAACGCUCAGAAAUACUGCAGAGAGAAGUUCACUGACCUGGCCACCAUUGAGAGCCAGGAGGAGAUGGACGCUCUGAAAGCUGUUCUCAAUGGGACAGCAGGUGAUUUCUGGAUCGGACUGAAGCAGAAAGAUAAACACGACACCACUAACUGGAUCUGGUCAGAUGGGAGUAACUCCUCAUACAAAUACUGGAACGAUAAGGAGCCAAACAAUGGUGGAGGUGAAAUGUGUGUGCAGGUGUUGCAUGACUUUGCAUACAGAUGGAAUGAUGCAGGCUGCCAGUGGUCACAUCCGUUUAUCUGCUAUAAAAAGCUUCCACUCAUCCUGAUUAAUCAGAAGAAGACGUGGAGAGAAGCUCUGAGAUACUGCAGAGAGAAUCAUGUGGAUCUGGUCUCUGCUUACACUGAGGAAAUUCAGCACUGGGUGGAAACAGCUGUUUAUUAUGCCUCCACUGCUAAUGUGUGGAUGGGUCUGCGUCACACCUGCACCCUGAGCUUCUGGUUCUGGGUGAAUGGAGUGUCGAUCUGCUACCAGAACUGGGCUCCGGGGAACGGGACAGGGGUGGAAGACUGCAGUGGAGGAGAAAGAACAGGAGCAGUGCAGUCUGGAAGUAAGAAGUGGGUCAGUCUGCCAGAGAAUCAGAGACUCAACUUCAUCUGCAACACCUCUGAGGAGAUCUAG